AUGGAAGAGACUUUAACUACAAAUAACAAUAACAACAAUAACAAUAGCAACAACAACAACAGCAAUAACAAUAGCAACAACGGUUGUUCACAAAACCGAAACAAUAGUAAUACCAUCAGCAACGGUGGUAGUAGCAGCAAUAACAAUAAUAGUAGUACAGGUGUUUCUAUUUUAGUAAAUGGAAAACAAAAUACCAAGAGUGGUAAAAGCAGCAGCAGCAGCAUGGAGGAAGACGACCGAACAGAGGAAGAGAAGCCCACCGGGAAUAGCAUACCUUUGUUGGAGUCUCAGAUAACCGGCGGAAAGAGAAAGUUAGACAUACAAGAAGAACAGGAAAUCGAUCAACAAAUUCAAGAUGAUCACAUACCUCAUCACCAAUUGAAAAGACCUUCACUUGGUAAUAUUAAAUCACCAAUUAACAGAAGAGAAUGGAUAGGAAUACAAAAUAAUAACAAUAAUAAUAACAAUAAUAAUAACAACAACAACAAUAGUAAUAAUAAUAACAAUAUCGAUUUAAAUGGAAGUCAUGGUAAUAUUAAUAUUGCCAAUGAUUUGAAUAAUAACAAUAACAAUAACAACAAUAAUAACAAUAAUAAUAAUAAUGAUAAUUUGGCAGAGAAUGAAGAGAUUACAAGAGAGAGAUUGGAGCGUGAUAAGAUGUUGCAUGAUGAGACAGAUGAUAGUAUGAUGCAGUAUCAGUACAAGUAUGGCGAUGGCGAAGAAGGAGAGAAUUACGAUUUGUUGUUGCACAAGUCACAUCAUAUUAUAGAUGAUCGAUCACCACAACAUCACCAUGAGGAUCACCACGAAGAUCACCACUCUCCUUUACUGCACGCAGACGAUGAACAUAGCGCAACCAGCAGUAAGCACAAUAGUAAUAGCAAUAACAAUACUGACGAUGAGUCAUACGAUAAUCACACGAGAAACAACAGUACCAACAACACAGACGACGACAGUGGCAAUAUGCUCGACGAUCCAUUGUCUCGUGGUAACAGUCCAGUUCGCUCUGGUGGUUCCAUUCGAGAUCGUCGCGGUAGCAAACACGAAGAGGAGGAGGAAGAACAUCACAGCACCGACGACGAACACGAACACAAGUAUAGCGAUGAGAAGGACGAUCAUCACGAUCACGAAGACGAUCACCACGACCAGAAAACACCGACCGACGACUUGGACAAGAACCUCGAGCACGCAAACGCUACACCAACACACGACAACGUCGCAGAGGACGAUGAAGACGACGAAGACGACGACAUUCCUCUGAGAAUCACAACGUGUGCCAAUAACAAGGCGCCAAAGCUGACACUCAGCAACUGCUGGCUCAAGACGAUCCCAACCGAUGUGUGGUCGCUCAGUGAGCUGCGCGACCUCGACCUCUCGGCAAACCACCUCAAGAAGGUGUCCAAGUCUAUAGGGUCACUCGUCCACCUCAAGCGUCUACGUCUGAACCACAACCAACUCUCUGUACUACCAAAAGAGUUAUUCUCACUGACUCGUCUCACAACACUCUAUCUCAACAACAACAACAUCAAGGUGAUUCCCAAAGACAUUCGCAACCUGCCCAGUCUGCGAAUCCUCGAUCUCAGUUUCAACCAAAUCACCGACAUACCCUCACAGUGCAAUCUCAACAAGAUGACCACUCUGGUGGAGUUGCGUCUCCGUUACAACCAACUCUCGACACUGCCUUCCAACAUGCUAGAAGCCAAUCAACUACAGGUUCUCUGGUUGGAAGGCAAUCGUCUUCCGCUGCCAAAGAGCAUCCUGAAAAAGUCACCACUGGAUAUUCUCACAUUCCUCAAAAACUACAAACCAACCACUAAACGUCCGACCGAUAAACUCAACAAGAACUCACCGCCAGCAUCGAUCAACGCCGAACAAACAAUAGCAGUAGCUCAAGCAUUCGCUCAGAAUGCAAUCGACAACAAGAAGCGAAAGAAGGAGAAUCUCAACGAGAUCAAGAAGCAACACAUUGAAGCAGAGGCACAACUGCGACAGCUCAAGGAAGAGCUCGUCCUGGCCAACGCCAAAGCCACCAAAUUUGAGGAGGAAGCUGCCGUCCUACAUCAGCUCCACCAACUUCAACCUUCAAUUCCACUUCCACAGAUUCUACUGUCGAAUCAACCCCAGCUUUGGGACAAUAUCGCAUCGCCACCCAUUAAUACACCACCCACAAGCGUUUCGCCAGUACUCACCAGUGCCAACGUAGCAAACGCAAUCAGCCAGAUUUCAUUACUCUCACCAACUCAACAACAUCACCAGACACCAGCCGCAGCCGCUGGACAACACCAGCAUAACACACCAACUAUAAAUACACCACCCACCAUUCAAACACCAUCACCCAAUCAGCAAGCACCAGCCAACAACGAUCAACAAAAUGUAAACUCACCAACAGCAGCUAUUCACCACCAACCGUUCGCCGUUCCGGUCGCAAUCAAAAAAGAACAACCACCACCAACUGAAAAACCAUUUGAGUGGGAGGUUCCACUUUCCGAGAUUGUUCUUGGAAUGCGUAUUGGUCGUGGUGGAUACGGUCAAGUGUUUCGAGGCAGCUGGAGAGGUACAGAGGUUGCCGUCAAGAUGUUAUUCAAUGACAAUCUCAAUCCAAAACUACUGAGUGACUUGCGAAAAGAGGUCGAUCUUCUCUGUAAACUUAGACACCCAAACAUUGUUUUAUUCAUGGGAGCCUGUACUGAACCAGAAUCUCCCUGUAUUGUGACAGAGUAUCUCUCAAGAGGUAGCUUGGCAAAUAUAUUGCUCGAUGAAACAAUACAAAUGGAUUGGGGACUUCGUUUGCAGCUGGGAUUCGACUGUGCACGUGGAAUGACUCAUUUGCAUUCCAGAAAUCCUGUCAUCAUUCAUCGUGAUCUCAAGACCGACAACCUGUUGGUCGACGACAGCUGGCAGGUAAAAGUGGCCGACUUUGGUUUGGCCACCGUUAAAUCACACACCUUUGCCAAGACAAUGUGCGGAACUACCGGAUGGGUAGCACCUGAGGUUCUUGCCGAGGAAGGAUACACUGAGAAGGCCGAUGUCUACUCGUUUGCCAUCGUGCUCUGGGAGCUACUCACCCGUCAGAUUCCCUACGCCGGAAAGAACACAAUGCAAGUGGUGCGUUCGAUCGACCGUGGCGAACGUCUAUCCGUGCCAAGCUGGUGUCCACCAGCCUACGCCGCAUUGCUCAACCGUUGUUGGGACACCGAUCCCGCCAAUCGUCCCUCGUUUCCAGAGAUUUUGCCAAUUAUGGAAUCGAUGAUCGCAGAGUUCCAGGCUGCCAAGAAAGAGGCUCUCGCUCAUGGACUCAGUCCUCCAUAUGUGGGACCACCUCACACUGCAGAGCCACAGAAGCAGCUCCAGCCAGCACUUCCAACUCCCAAUAUUGUCAACCCAAAUUUCAAUAACUUUAAUUUCCAAGCAUUGACACCACAGCAACAACAACUCUUACAGACACCGAUCGAACUCUCACAAUUCCAACAAUUCCAACAGUUUCAACAGUUCCAACAACUGCAGCAGCUUCAACAACAACAACAACAACAACAACAACAAGCCGCAGCAGCAGCAGCAGCAUUACAAACAACACAACCAAUGAAUAUUGAUAAAACAGCAACUCCACCCCCAAUCAACAACAAUAAUGAUAAGAACAACAAUAAUAAUAAUAUUUUUCAAGCAAUACAUCCAUCCUGA